ACGUUGCCUAAAUCGAGUUAUAUUAAUUAUAUUUCUAUUACUGCUAUUUAUUAUUAUUAUUUGUAUUAUCAUUUAUUUAUUAUUAUUCGCAUAAUCGACAACGGUGUUGCUCGUCUUGUUGUUUUCCUCGAUUUACGUUACAACAUUAUUACUUCUCACCCGGCGGGGGGGCCCGUCCAUCGUUGUUAUCGCCGCUGUCCGUUGUUUUUGUUCCGUGUAGUGUACCGAGCGUACACACUAUGCUGUAGUAAUCCCGUUGUCCCACAGUAUCGCGUACAGUUUUCCUCUGGUUGUCAGAAAUGUUCACAUAAUUACACGUCGCUUUUCUGUCCGUACUAAGUUUUUUCAUUACGAGUUUCGAUAUAUUGGUGCGUGCGUCGAGCGCUGGUUUCAGUGAUUCGAGCUGCAACUCAAGAUCAUGAUUUACGCCGAAGGUCAGAUUUAUUUCAACUGUCAGUUACACGUUGUAUGGCCAGAUUUACUGUAACAGUUUGCCAGAAAAUAAUUGAGUAUCAGAUGUUGUACAGCUUUUAUCAAAAAUGUUUAGAAAGGCAACGGCAUUUAUUGCCUUAAUAGCCUUUGCAACUACAGUAAAAUGUGACAUUAGUAUAUAUACUAGAGAUCAGCAACAGCUAGAUUUAGAGUUUAAAGAUGCGCAGUCUCUUUUUGGACCAAAUAUACCUUCAGAUGGCAUUAAAGGUUACAUUUUGAGUGCUGAACCUGAAGAUGGCUGUACUAAAAUUGAAUCUCCGCCUAAAAGUGGAAGUUGGUUUGUCUUAAUUAAGAGAGGAAAUUGUAAUUUUGAUGUAAAAGUUAGGAAUGCUCAAAAUAGCAAUUAUACAUUAGCUAUUAUAUUCAAUGUCAACUCUAGUGCUGUUGUGCCAAUGAAUGGUAAAAAUACAAGUGAUAUAGUAAUUCCGUCAGUUUUUGUUGGUGAAAGUACUGGACUUAUGUUGAGAGACUACUAUGAUUAUCAAAAUGGCUAUUAUGUGAUUAUAGACAACAGUCAAUUUCCAUUCGAUAUAAACUUGAAUUUAUUGUUGCCAUUUGCUGUAAUUGUUGCGGUAUGUUUCUUCGCAAUGCUUGGGUUUAUGUUAAUUAAAUGGAUUAAAGACCGAAGACGAGCAUUUAGACAUCGAUUACCUGCAUCUAUUCUUCGUAAAAUUCCGAUCUCAACAUUUGUAAAAGGUGAUCCGUAUGAUACUUGUGCCAUAUGUUUAGAUGAUUAUAUGGAUGGAGACAAAUUAAGAAUUUUGCCAUGUGCUCAUGCUUAUCACUGUAAAUGUAUUGAUCCAUGGUUAACACGUAACCGACGAUUUUGCCCUAUUUGUAAACGUAGGGUUUAUGGCAAUAAUGAAGAUCUACACUCUGUGGCAUAUUCUUCAGAUACUGAUAGUGAUGAGCCCAAUGAUAGAACUCCAUUAGUUACACCUGGUGUUAAUAAUUCAAAUUCAUUGGGUGUUGGUACAUUCCGUAGUUUCAGAGGACGUGUGUUUACUCGUGGUAGAUCUGCUAACACUGUUCCUGUGCAUCCUCCAGUUUUAUCUUCAAUAAAUGUAGCAAAUGUAGACUAUGACACAGUUUCAUCUCAAACAGAUACAUCAGACUCAAUGUUAUCAGAUUAUCAAAAUCUUUACGACGCACCGGCUCACCAAUCAGUUUCGGAAUCCAUGUCAAAUUCAGUGAAUAAUUUGGCACCAGAACUGAUGAACAACACAGAACCAAGUAGAACAAAUGUGCAGAACCAUAUCGUUUAAACCACUUAAUAACAAACAGCCUAAAAUAUUUGAUUUUUUUUAUUGGACUUAAUUUAUAAUAUAUUGCUUUUAAAUAGAAACGAAAUAUG